UUUCUCCACAUCUAAAUACAGAGAACACUACACACUAGAGAGAAUAAAAAAAUAAAAAAAAAAGAGAAAAUGGUUGUUAAUCUUAAUGCCACCGCGGCACAUACGCUGCUAAUGAUAGCCAUAGCUGUUUUAGCGGGGAGUGUUGAUGCUCAAAUCGAAGAUGGUUGGGAUGUUGCCCAUGCAACCAACUACGGCAGCAUGAAUGGCAGUGAAACCAUGCAAGGAGCUUGUGGUUAUGGGAAUCUGACGGAACAAGGGUACGGUCUGGAAACAACAGCACUAAGCACAGCCCUCUUUAACGGCGGUCUAAGAUGCGGAGCUUGCUACGAAAUUAUGUGUCGAGACUCAAAAUGGUGUCUUAAUAGUACUAAGCCCAUUACAAUCCAUGUCACUGCUACCAACUUUUGCCCACCAAACUACACCCAGCCUACAGGGAACUGGUGCAACCCUCCAUUAAAACACUUUGAUCUUUCACAACCAAUGUUCAGGAAAAUCGCGAUCUAUGAGUCUGGCAUUGUCCCUGUGGCCUAUCGCCGUGUGUAUUGCUCCAAACAUGGUGGCAUUAGGUUUGAGAUGAAGGGUAACCCUUAUUGGAUUCUGGUUCUAGUGUACAACGUUGGUGGUGUUGGUGAUGUUACAAACGUUAAGGUUAAAGGUUCGAAUACUAAUUGGGUUCAAAUGACGAGGAGUUGGGGACAAAAUUGGGUUACUGGUGCUCCCAUUGUCGGUCAGAGUGUGUCGUUUCAAGUGACUACUAGUGAUGGCAGGAUGGUAGAGUCCAUUAAUGUAGCUCCUGCUACUUGGAAAUUCAAUCAAACUUUCGAGGGUAACCAAUUUAAGUAAUCAUCUUAUUUAUCAUCUCAU